UGAAUGUCUGCUUCUGUGUAAAGGGUUGAUGUAAGAGGAGAUAUGAGGUUGUCUUUGUGUCAGUGCUUGCAAAGAGUGAAACUUUUCCAUCAUGAAAGAUCUUCACAGGUGGCUGUUUACAUCCUGGCUUCUCUGUCAUCUGACGAUUUGUAAAUGCAGUAACACCAUUGUCCAGAAUUUUGAGGGUAAGACUGUCACAUUGCCAUGCAAAUAUGACAGUCAAUAUCAUGGAAAAUGUCACAUAUGCUGGAUGAGAGGAGACAUUCCCAAUAUGGGAUGUGGUGAUGAAAUUAUCAAAAGCGAUGGCGAUAAAGUGGUGAUGACAACAUCACAGAGAUACCAGAUGACUGGAGAAAUACAGCAUGGAGAUGUGUCUCUGACAAUCCUUAACAUCCAAAAACAAGACUCUGGCAAAUAUGGUUGCCGCAUACACGUGCCUGGAUGGUUUAAUGAUGAGAUGUAUUAUGUUCACUUGAUUGUUAGUGACGCACCUACUCCAACAACACGGGAAACUACAUCCAUGACCAGCGGUUUCUAUGAUCAUAAAACCACAGGAGUAUUCACCACUGCCAUGACAGAGGGUACUUACUCACCUGUUCCAACCACAAAAGAGCCUGUGGCAGUAACCACUAUUCAUGGGCAUAUAACCUCUGAAUCACAGACCACUCAAACAGCAGGAGAAUCUGACAGAACACAAGAGCAUUCUUCAUUCGUCAGUUCAUCAAGUGCUCCAGAGAGUAGCACUAUUGAACUAUUGCCUUAUGACACAACACACGAAAUGGUUGAUUACCACAGUUCGUCCUCUGUGAAAAACAGAGAGAGUAUGAAUACAUCUGCAGUUUUUGUGCCUGUUCUUCUGUUACUGCUGGCUUUAAUAGUCACUGCUGCCCUUCUGAAAUGGAAGCAAAAGAGGAAAAACAGAGCAGUGGUAGAAAUAGCCCAGAACUCUGAGAACUCUGUCAUCUACAGUAACUCUGGCAGCAGUUUGGGCCUGUACAACAGAGAGAUGGCCAUGGAAAAUGUCUAUCAGAUACAGACCGAAAAUGAAUAUGAACAGUGGCAUUAAUAUCUCAGAAAACUGACAUACAUUUACUUGUCUCAACUGCACUUCAUUGUAUUUUUUGUGUUGUCUAAAAGAGUUUUGUUUGUGUGUGCUUAUGUGACAACUCUUGCUGAGUAGAGCAAAAUCAUUACUCUGGACUAACUUUUAAUAGAGCUUUACUCUUCCCAAAAUUGAUUUGUAAGCCAAACACUAGACUUAAGUCAAGUGGCUAACAUACUGCAACACUAUCAUUAAUAAAACUUUUCCCAAUGGA